GGCAUGCCGACGUCAGUGUCCAAUUUGUGGCUGAAUUACCGGUAUUCUGUGUUAGUUACUGUAAGUUAAUCCAAGGAAUCCCGGAGAAUAGCGCACCCACUUUUUGGCGUAUCCGAAGACAAGCACACUCGUCUUGACAGCCCCAUAGAAAAGCUCACCUUGAAUUAGAUUUUUAUGCAUGAUAAGCAGCACAAAACGGUUCUUGGACAAGCUGCGGCUGAACGUUCGGGGUGGCAACGGCGGCACUGGACUUCCCCGGUUCGGUGGUGUGGGCGGGGAAGGGGGCAGCAUCUACGUGCAGGCCAAGGACAAAGUAGAGCUCAAGGACAUCAUCACCAAGUACCCAGACAAGACGAUCAAGGCCGGUCAUGGAGGGAACAGCAAGUCGACCCAGAUCCUGGGACCUGACGGCCAUAAUGUGGUGGUGAAUGUACCAGUGGGGGUGUCCGUCUUCAAUGGCUUUGGACAUCUCAUCGGGGAUCUAAUAAAGCCUGGAGACAAGGUGCUGGCGGUCAAGGGUGGGAAGGGUGGCAACCCUGCAACUGACUUCCAUGGAACCAAGGGACAGACAGAUGUCAUCACCCUCCACCUAAAGCUGAUUGCAGAUGUUGGAUUUGUAGGGUUUCCUAAUGCGGGCAAAUCAACGCUGCUGAGGGCGCUGUCAAGGGCAGUCCCUAAGGUGGCCAACUACCCCUUUACAACAAUACGGCCAAACAUUGGGAUCAUGGAAUAUGAGGAUCACAGACAGAUUUCUCUGGCUGACCUGCCUGGCCUCAUAGAGGGAGCACACCGCAAUUUCGGCCUGGGGCACAACUUCCUGAGGCACGUUGAGCGUACAUCCAUGCUCCUGUUCAUUGUGGACGUCAAUGGCUUCCAGCUCAACGAGAGGUCAAAAUUUAGGAAUGCGUUUGAGACCGUCAUGUCCCUGAACAAGGAAUUAGAGUUGUACAAGGAAGCAUUGCUUGAGAAGCCUGCCAUACUGGCAGUCAACAAAAUGGACACUGACGAUGCCAAGGAGAAGUAUGAAGAACUAUUGGAAAGCUUAGGCAAAGAAAAUGUGUCCUCCCUGGAUGAAGAGAUCAGGCCAUCAAAGAUAAUUCAGUUCGACGACAUCAUACCCAUCGUAGCACGAGAUGCAAAGAACACGCCUCAGAUCCAGCAGAAGAUACGAUCGUUCAUGGACAUGCACGUGGAAAGGCAGAGGGAAGCAACGCGCAUUGACUUUUCAUCACCAUCGCCAAAGCAUAUUGUGAUCUAAUUCCAAAAUGUUAGCUUUAGCUUAAUGCCUGGACUGCCAGUAGGCUUUUGGGCUUUGUAUUAAGUUAUAUUCCUGAGACAGAUGGCAAGAAAUAAAGGGACAAGUUGACAAAACAUGGGAAAGGUAAUUAAAAAAAAUUAGUGCCCUGUAUGGAAAAAACAACAACAAAGAAACAUUGUACUAUAGUUGGGCUAGUUCAUUAAGUGUUCCAAAGAACAAACAGACAAGUGCAGGUAAAAGAAAGUAUGCGAGACAGCACUUGCUGUAUGUAUGGCUUCAUCGUUUCCUUUGUCUUCCUCCAUUGUUUUCCUCUAGAAUGCUUAGUACCUAUUUCUCGCCCCUGUAUAAAAGAUAUUUUAUACCUGA